UCUGGGUUAGGAGCAGCUUCAGGCUGCGCAGUGUUCCCAUGUCCUAGCGGUGGUGCAGGUCCUAGCGGUCAUGGCCAGCUCCCCCAGGGGUAACGAAUUCUCAUUCGUGAGUCCCGUGGUGAAGUCCCUGCUCUUCUUCUUCAACGUGCUCUUCUGGGUUAUAGCCAUGGUGACUGUGUCUGUGGGAGUCUAUGCUCGGGUCCUGAAACAUUCAGAAGCUGCCAUGGCCUGUCUUGAUGUAGACCCAGCCCUGCUGCUCAUUGCACUUGGGAUAUUAAUGUUCCUGAUCACUUUCUGUGGCUGUAUUGGGACUCUACGAGAGAAUAUCUGUCUCCUGCAAGCGUUCUCGGUGUGCCUGACUGUCAUAUUUCUACUGCAGCUGGCUGCCGGCAUCCUGGGCUUUGUCUACUCCGACAAGGCGCGGGGGAAAGUGAGCGAGAUCAUCGGUAAUGCGAUCGUACACUAUCGAGACAAUCGGAACCUACAGACAUUUAUAGAUUAUGGUCAGAAAGAGUUCAGCUGCUGUGGGGGCAUCUCCUACAAGGAUUGGUCUCAGAACAUGUAUUUUAACUGCUCAUCUGAGAACCUGAGUCGAGAACGCUGCUCUGUGCCAUACUCCUGCUGCCUGGACCUUGAUGACCAUACUGUUAUCAACACCAUGUGCGGGCGAGGCAUGCAGGUGCUGAACUAUGUAGAGGCCAGGGAGUUUAUCUAUACCAAUGGCUGCAACGAUAAGCUGGUGAACUGGCUGCACAGUACCUUGUUCCUUCUGGGCGGCGUCACGCUGGGCCUGGCUAUACCACAGCUGGUUGGGAUUCUCCUUUCACAAAUCCUAAUAAAUCAAAUAAAGGACCAGGUAAAACUGCAGAGCUAUAACCAGCAGCACAGAUCAGAUCCAUGGUACUGACAGACGGACGCACGUGCACGCCCGUCACUGAUCUAAAUAAGAUGCUGCAGCAGAUGUGCACUUGUGGUGGUAUCAACGCUUUGUGCAGGAUGGAGAGGAGGCAGCGCUGGAACGCAUUUACUCCUUUUAUAACUUGUAAGGGACCACGAUCUUGUUUCUUUUUUUAUUUGAUUGAUUUUUAAUUUAAUGUCCUUAAGAGCUUGGAAUUAACACUUUGAAGUCAGUGUAAGUACUGAGUGUGCCAAGAAAUCUGUAACAUAGUUGUGUGCGUUACUAACAUUAAAUGUUCAGGAUCCAUAUGGAAGUUUAGCACAUAAAAUAUUAAUAUUUUAUUUUACUCUAAGGAAACACAGUGACUACUAAGUGCAGUAUUUCUUAUCUUCACUCCCCUAGUAUAGGGUGGUACAGCUCCUCAGAUCAUGCAUUGGUUAUGGAAAUACCUUGUUAAAUAAAAACUAUAUUACAAAUAUGGAGAUUUACCAUUUAAAGGUCAACAAUUGCUGCACCAGCUGACAUAUUUUUCCCAGCAUUCCUCUGUGCCUGAGCUAAUAUGAUUCUGUGAUUUUGUAUUUGUAAAGCAGCUUUUUGCUAUUUUUGUAUGUAAAAGCCAUUAAAAGGGCCAGUAUGUCUUUUGCACAUUCACGUGCCUUUAAUAUGUUAUUACUGCCAAAGAAGCCGCCAAUACACAGUGAGAUCUAUUGCCCCCUAUGCCAAUCCAACAGAAUUCCUGUGCUUAAAUCUUGUACGGCAGCUCAGAUGAUUUUUGGAUUCCCUUUCAAGCUCAUACCCAUCAAAUAGAUGAGCCACCAUCGUAAGGCCAGAUUACAAGUGGAGCAUUAUUUAAGCUUUUUGGGCGUGCCCUAUUACAAGUUGAAACUGUUUUUGCUCUUGCACUAACCCGACGAGCAGAAAAAGACAAACUUACGUUAUCGCACGUUAUCUUCAGACUCACCAGAAACAGCAGUUAUGAAGCAGCGGUCUAAAGACCACUGCUCCAUAACCCUGUCCGCCUGCUCUGAGGCGGACAGGAAUCGCCGGAAAUCAACACGAUCGAGUAUGAUUGGGUUGAUUGACACCCCUUGCUGGCGGCCGAUUGGCUGCGAGUCUGCAGACGGCGGCGUUGCACCAGCAGCUCUUGUGAGCUGCUGGUGCAAUCCUUUAUACGGAGAGCGCAUUGCUCUCCGCAUUCAGCGAGGUCUUGCGGACCUAAUCCGCACUGUCAGAUCAUGUUCACAAGACCUUUGAUAAAUAGGCCUCAAUCACUUGAGGGCUCGUGUGCAAUAGUAAAUGUGGUCAGUGAUUUGCUGCCCGCCAGAGGAGAAGCCGGGCGAAUAUGUACGCCACUGCCCGCCCGUUGAUGAUAAAUCAAAGGCAAAAGCUUUUCUUAUCAACUGGAAUGACUUUAAAUGUGAAACCCCUUUAAAAAAGCCACUAGAGGCACUUUGCACAGAAAUUCUAAUGGACUGGAAUGGGUGACAUUAAACGUACUGUAACCUCAUCUGCAAUGUUGUUUUCUCUUGUUGCAUUUAGCAGAAUAAAAGCUACAAAUAUAAAAUGUUUCAAUGGGGAAAAAUAAAUUGAAUUGUAGCAAAGUUAGAUGUAAACAUCUCAGUUUUUCCACCCCAAUAUGUUUUUGUUUAAAGGGACAGUAAACACUCAUAUAAGGCACAAAGUUUGCUUCUGGGAUCCCGCUCGCCCGGCAUUGUGGCCACUGCAGUUAUCAUUGCAUGAGCCCCCUGCUCUCACACAACCAAUCGUGCGAGGGUUGGACGAUCAUCCUGAUCAGACUUGUGGCGGAGCGGUUAAGUAGGUCUUAACACUGCAGCCACCUAACUAGAGUUUCAGGCCCGUUUGUACACGCCUGAAAACUAAGGCUCCGAAAGUGGUUUCCACUGCUUCAUAAAUGGAGCCCAAAACGUUUAGUUAUGCAUAAUGAAACAACUUUGCAAUGUAUUUGUAUUGUUAAUUUUGCCCCCUUUUUUAAUCUAAUUUAGCUCUGAAAAUUGAGCAAUUUCUGAUUCUCAGAACAUGAAACAAUGCAUUUUAUACUAACAUUAUGACAGUAACUGGUCUUGUUGUCUGCUGUCUAAAGCCCAGUUGUGCUCCUUCAAGUAAGGUAAAUAGCAGGUGCAGUUUGGCUAUUGAAAAAUAAUUGCUGUAAAAAUGGUUUUCAUGUGUUUUAAAAAUGUUAACAUUUGGCUAAUGUUAUUCUAUAGCAACACAACAGAAAUGUCUUAUAAAUAUAAGGUGUUUACUGUCCCUUUAAUUGUUAUCUCAUUCAUGCAGCAGGUAAACCCCACCGUAUUUAACCAGCUGUUUAUCAGAUAUUAAUUCAUGUUAGAUGUGUGCUGAGUUUUACUGUGACUGUCUGUCUCAGGUUUGUGAUUUUAAAUAAAUGUUGAUGGAAAACAA